AGGCGCCAAGAGAAACCGGAGUGGGAGAAGCUUUGAGAGUUGCAGGGGUCUACUUUUUUCCAGUCGGGCAGCGGGCCGCAUGGGUGCUUGUUUACCGAGCUGGGAGCAGGGCAUUCAUUCAAAAGCUGGGUGUCGGAGCGCACUAAGUCCAACACGCCUGCAGAGCCCGCCCGAAGCCUGGAGGUGUGUCUGGCUUGCAUCCAGGACCACAGGGUAGAUUCUCGCCACCGACUUGGCUGGAUGACGGCUGGCUGGCGGUGAGCUCCCCUACCCACUGGCUGACCUCAAGCAGUUGGCCCAGUGGGUGGAAGCUCUUCGAGGGUAGCCGAGCUGGGGACCUGCCCGCGCGCGGGUCCCCUCCACCUCCAAGCAGUGUGGUGCGUGGGACGCGCAUCUUCCCGGACUAUCCCUUUCCAGCGAGGUCUGUGCGCACCCAGAGCCCGGGAGCCGCCGGGGACGGAGGGGGGGCUGCCUUUCUCUGGGCUCAUCCGCUGUCAGCCGUGGGAACUCUUAACUUUAUCCAGAGGGAUCGGCGAGAGCGGGGGUGGGUGGGAGAGGUUCUCCCCCACUGGCGUUCACCUUCCCCUCCCGGCCCGCCCCUCCCCCGCCUCCCAUGGCUUCGCUUUCAGAGCAUCCUCACUCCGCCCAGUUCGGUGCCAGCUGCGUGGGCUCCAGCUUCAUGCGUUUUCCUUGGAAUGCUCCAAAACUCGGCAGCGACUAAGGGAAUUCCAUCGGAAUUUGCCGGGCGUGCUUUCACCCCGCACAGCACCCGCGCCGUCCGUCCUCGGAUCCCAUCACUUCAGCCCGAAGAUUGCAACUUUGCAGAGACAAAGAAAUAGCAUGGCAUAAAACAUGGCUCAAUUCUAUUACAAAAGAAAUGUUAAUGCUCCCUAUAGAGAUCGCAUUCCACUAAGGAUAGUAAGAGCAGAAUCCGAACUCUCACCAUCAGAAAAAGCCUACUUGAAUGCUGUGGAAAAGGGAGAUUAUGCCAGUGUCAAGAAAUCACUAGAGGAAGCUGAAAUUUAUUUUAAAAUCAAUAUUAAUUGCAUUGAUCCUCUCGGAAGAACUGCUCUCCUCAUUGCCAUUGAAAAUGAGAACUUGGAGCUCAUCGAACUACUCUUAAGCUUUAAUGUCUAUGUUGGAGAUGCUCUGUUACAUGCUAUCAGAAAAGAAGUCGUUGGAGCUGUGGAGCUGCUGUUGAACCACAAAAAACCUAGCGGAGAAAAACAGGUGCCUCCUAUACUCCUUGAUAAGCAGUUCUCUGAAUUCACUCCGGACAUUACACCAAUCAUUUUGGCAGCCCAUACAAAUAACUAUGAGAUAAUAAAACUCUUGGUUCAGAAAGGGGUAUCAGUGCCUCGACCCCAUGAAGUCCGCUGUAACUGUGUGGAAUGUGUGUCCAGUUCAGACGUGGACAGCCUCCGUCACUCACGCUCCAGACUCAACAUCUACAAGGCCUUGGCCAGUCCCUCUCUCAUUGCACUGUCAAGUGAAGAUCCUUUUCUCACAGCCUUUCAGUUAAGUUGGGAGCUUCAGGAACUGAGCAAGGUGGAAAAUGAAUUCAAGUCAGAGUAUGAAGAGCUGUCACGGCAGUGCAAACAAUUUGCUAAGGACCUACUGGAUCAGACGAGAAGUUCCAGAGAACUGGAAAUCAUUCUUAAUUACCGAGAUGACAAUAGUCUGAUAGAAGAACAAAGUGGAAAUGAUCUUGCAAGACUAAAAUUGGCCAUUAAAUACCGUCAAAAAGAGUUUGUUGCCCAGCCCAAUUGUCAACAACUGCUGGCAUCUCGCUGGUACGAUGAGUUUCCAGGCUGGAGGAGAAGACACUGGGCAGUGAAGAUGGUGACAUGUUUCAUAAUAGGACUUCUUUUUCCCGUCUUCUCUGUGUGCUACCUGAUAGCUCCCAAAAGCCCACUUGGACUGUUCAUCAGAAAGCCAUUUAUCAAGUUUAUCUGCCACACAGCCUCCUAUUUGACAUUUUUGUUCCUGCUGCUGCUUGCCUCUCAGCACAUCGACAGGUCAGACUUGAACAGGCAAGGUCCACCACCAACCAUCGUCGAGUGGAUGAUAUUACCGUGGGUCCUGGGUUUCAUAUGGGGAGAAAUUAAACAAAUGUGGGAUGGUGGACUUCAGGAUUACAUCCAUGAUUGGUGGAAUCUAAUGGACUUUGUAAUGAACUCCUUAUAUUUAGCAACAAUCUCCUUGAAAAUUGUUGCAUUUGUAAAGUACAGUGCCCUUAAUCCACGAGAAUCAUGGGACAUGUGGCAUCCCACGCUGGUGGCAGAGGCUUUAUUUGCUAUUGCAAACAUCUUUAGUUCUCUGCGUCUGAUCUCAUUGUUUACUGCAAAUUCUCACCUGGGACCUCUGCAAAUAUCUCUGGGAAGAAUGCUCCUGGACAUUUUGAAGUUUCUAUUCAUAUACUGCCUUGUGUUGCUAGCAUUUGCAAAUGGCCUGAAUCAAUUGUACUUCUAUUAUGAAGAAACGAAAGGGUUAACCUGCAAAGGCAUACGAUGUGAAAAGCAGAAUAAUGCAUUUUCAACGUUAUUUGAGACACUCCAGUCCCUGUUUUGGUCAAUAUUUGGGCUCAUCAAUUUAUAUGUGACCAAUGUCAAAGCACAGCAUGAAUUUACUGAGUUUGUUGGUGCCACCAUGUUUGGGACAUAUAAUGUCAUCUCUCUGGUUGUUCUACUCAACAUGUUAAUCGCUAUGAUGAAUAAUUCUUACCAACUGAUUGCUGACCAUGCAGAUAUAGAAUGGAAAUUUGCACGAACAAAGCUUUGGAUGAGUUAUUUUGAAGAAGGAGGUACUCUGCCUACUCCCUUCAAUGUCAUCCCGAGCCCCAAGUCUCUCUGGUACCUGAUCAAAUGGAUCUGGACACACUUGUGCAAGAAAAAGAUGAGAAGAAAGCCAGAAAGUUUUGGAACAAUAGGGAGGCGAGCUGCUGAUAAUUUAAGAAGACAUCACCAAUACCAAGAAGUUAUGAGGAACCUUGUGAAGCGAUACGUUGCUGCAAUGAUUAGAGAUGCUAAAACUGAAGAAGGCCUGACCGAAGAGAACUUUAAGGAACUAAAGCAAGACAUUUCCAGUUUCCGCUUCGAAGUUCUGGGAUUACUAAGAGGAAGCAAACUUUCCACAAUGCAAUCUGCAAAUGCCUCGAAGGAGUCUUCAAAUUCGGCAGACUCGGAUGAAAAGAGUGAUAACGAAGGUAAUAGCAAGGACAAGAAAAAGAAUUUCAGCCUUUUUGAUUUAACCACCCUGAUUCAUCCGAGAUCAGCAGCAAUUGCCUCUGAAAGACAUAACAUAAGCAAUGGCUCUGCUCUGGUGGUGCAGGAGCCACACAGGGAGAAGCAGAGAAAAGUGAAUUUUGUGACCGAUAUCAAAAACUUUGGGUUAUUUCAUAGACGAUCAAAACAAAAUGCUGCUGAGCAAAAUGCAAACCAAAUCUUCUCUGUUUCAGAAGAAGUUGCUCGUCAACAGGCUGCAGGACCACUUGAGAGAAAUAUUCAACUGGAAUCUCGAGGAUUAGCUUCACGGGGUGACCUGAGCAUUCCUGGUCUCAGUGAACAGUGUGUGUUAGUAGACCAUAGAGAAAGGAAUACGGACACACUGGGGUUACAGGUAGGCAAGAGAGUGUGUCCAUUCAAGUCAGAGAAGGUGGUGGUGGAGGACACCGUUCCUAUAAUACCAAAGGAGAAACAUGCAAAAGAAGAGGACUCUAGUAUAGACUAUGAUCUAAACCUCCCAGACACAGUCACCCACGAAGAUUAUGUGACAACAAGAUUGUGAUACUUGAAGGAGGAAACGUUUACCGUACACAUGUAUUUUCUAUAGUGCUCUGGAUGAGGGAAAACGUUUAAAAUUAAAUUAGCAAAUGCUAACUUACACUUUAUAGAGUUUAUCAAUUGUGGCAUAUUAACCUGUAACAUGUUUAAAUAAGGCAAAGGCAAUCAAAAACCUUUUUGUUUCGUAGCCUGCUUUUGCUUUCACAAUUUGUUUUACAAUUGUUUUUGUUAAUAAAUAAACACACCUUGUAUUCUUGUACUGUUGCAAUAA